AUGCAAGAAUCGAAUGAAAUUCAGGCUGAGCUUGAGGCUCUAUAUGCCGUCUUCAAAGCUACAAUGACUGAACACCGUGGCAUUCUCGAAUCCUCGGGAUUUUUCGUCACCCUUAAAAAAUGUCUCCCGCGCCUCAAAAAUGCUGUCACCCUUGGGUCACGGUUUUACGCAACACAAUUCCUCCUCAAUAUCGCAAAGCAUACUGACUUUACCUGCCUGGGCUUACGUGAAUUGAAGAGCCAGUUCAAGUUCAAGCAUUUUUCCAAUGUUUCAUCAGAGGAUGCCGUAUAUGCCUUAUGA